GAUCCUAUUUUAUUAUAUAUAAAUAAACAAUUUCAUACAAAUUUUCAAUCUACAUAUGAUCUUCAUAUAAAAGAUUUUAUUAAUAAAACUGAUCGAAAUAUAAUUGAAAAAUAUUUAUUAAAUUUUGAUCAAUCAUCAUUAAAUAUAAUUUUAUUUAUUGCUGAACAAUUAAAAUCUAUAUUAUUAACUAUAUGUUUAAUAAAACAACAUUGUUCAAUAGAAAAUAUUGCUACAUUAUCAAGACUUGAAACAGAAUUUCAAAUAUCAUAUUGGACUAAUGUUGAAUAUUAUCAUGAUUAUGAUAUAAUGGAUACAUGUUCAAAAAUAUCAGCUGCUUAUUUAAUUUUUUAUUGUUUAAACAAUAAUAUAACAAGAACAGUUGUGACGAAUGAAACAAGUUAA